AUGUAUGUUUCGGUGGAAACGGACAAGCGAACAGCAACAAAUUGUACGCGAACAUUUGAGAAAAGUGCGCGCACAGCUGCGAACAUUGUGUGCGCGUACUCAACUUUUCAGUGUACACGCUCUAACAUACAGGAUUACUUUGUGCGCGCAGUCAGUCUUGCUACCGCUACAGGAGAGAAAACAUUGGUGUGUUCGCGCACAAUGGAGUGGACAAAUGAUAAAAUCAUUAAGUUUAUUCAGGCCAUUGAAACGCGCCCAACGCUCUGGGACCCUUCAGACAUAGAUUAUAAAAACAAGAACAAAAAACAUGAUGCAACUAAGGAAUUGGGUGAAGAAUUUAAUUGUGAUUCAACUGAAGUAAUGCGGAAAUGGAAGAUCAUUCUUGCUCAGUUCCGCAGAGAGCGCAAGAAAAUUGUAGAAUCUAAAACUUCAGGUUCUGGCAGAGAAGAUAUCUAUAAACCAAAGUGGUUUGCAUUUGAACAUCUCGCUUUCAUUCAUGGAAGAGACUGUCCAAAUGUCAGCGUCAACACAGAAUGGCAAAUCAAUCAGCAGAUGUCAGAAGACAUGCUUGAAGAAGGGGAGAGUGAAACUGAAGAAGCACCUCAAAAAAGUCCAAUUGCCAAAUUAAAGCCUCCUAAUAAAGUGAGAAAACGUCCUGCUGAAAAUGAGGACCCAAGAAUUCAUCAUGCUUUGUCCAUUAUGGAGAACGUGAAUAAGCAGGUGCAAUCAAAGAAGCAAGAUGAUUAUGAUAUUUUUGGUAUUGCAGUAGCAACGAAAUUACGCAGAAUCAAAGACGAACACACAAGGAUUUUAGUGCAAAGAGAUAUAGACAUGCUAUUGUAUGACGCAAUCCUUGGCACUGGAAAGUACUCUACAACUCCCGUGCCAUCGCCUUAUUCAGAGAAUUCGACAAGUAAUCAAGCUUAUGGAUAUUCUUCUACUGUCGGAGCUUUCAACACUUUCAACUAUGAUGGUGGAAAUAAUAGUGCUAGUUAUUAAGAUACCUAGUGUUCAAUGGAAAAAUAAAUGGAUAUAUGUUAAGUACAA